CAAUAUGAUAUAACCACUUCUUUCUAUCAAAACUCUGGAAUGCUCUCCCGUUACUAUAGUAAAAAGUCUAUUUCCCUAGACAAUAACAGAAAAUGAUAAUAACCUACUCCCAACAAAACCACUCCACCAGCAAAUCUUAGAAAGAUAACUUCAUAGAGAAAGAAUAAAAGCAGCAGAAGAAAUAAAUGUAUUUCUUCAUCAUCAGUGACCAAUAUUAACUUAAAAUACAUAAGAUUUUCGUUCAAUUAUACGAAUCUACAAAACAAAGUAAAGUAAAGUAUUUAUUUUCACCUUAGAUGCAAAUAAAAAGAAUAUUUUCUUUAAGAGGAAGAAGGAAUAAACAUAGCCAUCAUCCCUUUUUUGGUCUAUCAGAGUGACCCACCUAGAGCAUAAGUUAGUACUCUCUUAAACCAUUUCCCCACUUGAACAAAACUUAAAACCACAGUGACAAAAGAAGCAUUAUUAUUUUUUUUUGUAUAAAUAUCAAACAAAUUAAAUAAGAAAAGCAAACAGUUUUUCCCUUGGAAAAAAAGUUGUAAGUUGAAAAUAAAGAGUCCAUAGAAAUCAAGAAGAGAUCCCCCUAUCUCUUUUCCCCUUUUUUAGUAAGCUUCCCCUGUGGAAUUCGGGAUCCUGUGGUUUCAAAAGAGACGGGUCACUCAAUUUUCUCCCCUCUUUCGCUUAUAACUAGAUUCGCCAACUGGCUUUCUUCUGUUUUCCCCCCUGACACCCCUUUUCAAAUUCCUUAUAAGUAGCCUUCAUUUGAAACAUCUUUCAACAAGUGAAAGCCACCCUCCCAUCUUCCACUAAAAUAUAUCCUCGAUCUCCUUAUAUAAUUUCCUCUCGAGCUCGAGUCUCAUAUAGAACAAUGGCAUCAGGCUCUAUAAGCUCAAGCAGGAAUAUAAACUCAUCAUGGACCGCAAAACAGAACAAGCAAUUCGAGAGGGCUCUAGCUUUGUAUGACACGGAUACCAAGGAUCGUUGGCAGAAUGUUGCCAGGCUUGUCGAAGGAAAAUCAGCUGAUGAAGUUAAGAGGCACUAUGAGAUCCUACUUGAGGAUCUCAAUCGGAUUGAGGCAGGUCGUGUCCCCAUUCCUAAUUACAGACAAUCUUCCGGAAACUCAAUGAAUUUCAACCAAGAGCAAAGGCAUCCCAGGUAUCUCAGGUUGCAUUGAAGUCCUAACUCCAAGUGCAACGACUACGAUUUUGUCUGGAGCAGCCUUUUAAGUUCCUUUAUCCUUUUCCUGCAACUGCAGUUUGAAUGGUAUUUCUUGGCCACGGUUGUUGUAAUGUUGUAUCAAUGUGUAUCAUAGAACUACGAUUUUCUAGUGACUUGAUUUUAUGAAACUUGCAUUCUAUCCUUGGUA